CUUGCCAAGGUUACAGCUAAAGGAGGCCAGGAAGGCGUUUCCACGUAUUUUGCGGAUGUUUGUUUGAGGAGGAUUGCAGCACGUGCGUCUGUCAGAACGACAGACAGGGUAGGGCAGGGUUUCCGGCUCACUUGCCUCGACAGUUGCGACUUGCUACUGCGCUGUCUGAAUAUCCGAAGGAACAGCCAGUGCAGAAAUGAAGUACAUGACUACAUGUUGUUGCAGUUGCUGUACAGUAGAGACGGGAACCAAAAUACUGAGCAUUUUGGCAGCAAUCUCGUUCACCAUCGGGUGGUGCACUACCCUCGCAAAAACUGGAGACAUCUAUUUUGGCACUCUCGAUGGGCUAGACGUGUCUCAAGUUGUGUUCUGUAUCAUUGGUGCUGUGUUGUCCGUCAUUUGCGCGGUAGGGGCGUUUAAGAAACAACGUCGCUUGAUCUUCCCAUAUAUUGUGUAUCAAGUUCUCUAUAUGGUCUACACGGUAGCCUUUUGUACAACGUUUCUGGUGGCUAUCUCUGCGAAUGGCUAUGGAAAGGACGCCGCGACAUCGGGCCACGGUGACUACCCUCGUGAGGUGGGCUAUGUGUUCCUGAUGGCUAUUAUUGUCCCAUUAAUUGUGUACUGCAUCUUGAACGUGUACUUCCUCUUCGUGAUUCUUUCGUACUACAAGGACCUGGAGCAAGCUGAAUGCCACGACCACUUACGGCUGGAGGAUACGGGCGUGGCCGCUAAUGUACCCCCUUCGUAUUAGGGCCCUGUGCUUUCGGGUUUGAUGUUUUUAAAAUGGGGUAAAGUCUGAUUUUAUAUCAGGAGCUGUAAAAAAGGGUAAAAUUGGGCGAUAUCUGGUGGAAGAGCGGAUGUUCGGGUCGAAAAUAAGAAGAGCGCUUCUCGCAUUUUAGAUGAACACAAGAUACGAAACAGCCAUGCUGACUGCGCAGUGCUUAGCAUUCUGAAGUAGCCGUAUUGGUGGCUGAAUUGGCACUUUGCCAAGUUAGUUUUUGGGUUUUAUCCCACGUGACAAUGAUGCAAAUUACAGCCCUGCACGGGCCGACUUUUCCGGGUUCGACCCGGCCCGGGCGCGGACCUUCAUGUUUUUAUGCGGCCAGACCAGGCCCGGUGGCCCAGUGAAUAGAGCCCGGCCUUGCCCGGUGACUCAGCAAGUAGAUCACGGCCUAGUACUUCCAGCCGUGACGUACGCGUUUCUAGAGCUUAUAAAAAAUUAUAAGUAAAUUUAUAAGAAGAGAAGACACGGCCACAAACAUACAAGAACUGUCGGUUUAACACCACAACAGCACGAGACCAAAUUAAAUCCAGAACGCACACGGGCAAGUGCGUUAUCGUUACACUACCAAGUUUUCGUGGAGGUAGAGGAUGUUGUCGACAGACUCCUUCUCCUUAGCCCUCUCACCAAGCUUUGCGAACUGUUUCUGAAAUACUUAAGGAGUCAGGAGCAAUGUAAAGCGGCUUUGAGAUAACCAUACCAUAAUGCAGUGUCCCUUGCUUGUUUUGCAAAUAUAUCCACAGGAACGACGCAAUCACGUGAUGAUAUGAACUAAUCGUCCUCCAUUGCGUGCAAUUAGCUGCGUGACACGGUCGAGCCUGACUCUCGGAAACAUGUUUGUCGGCCCGGCCAGCCGUGCUGGCGUCUUUUGUCGGCCCGGUCCGGGUCGGGGCCCGUGCCCGUGCAGGACUUUAGAGGAGCAUUGAAGUGACCCCAAAAAUAUUUUUAGUUUUUCGCUGCAACGUCUUCUACAACAAAUAAAAUGAGCUGCUGCGAAAGAACGAUGACGCAGGUGAUCCGAAGAGCGCCGAAGCGAAGAGAAGCCGAAGACGGCGUGACGUAUCACAGGCUACGGCACGUGACCAGUGACGUCCAACGGCACAGCUGAAACAUGUAUAAGCGGCGCGCGAGCCGAGAUGAAAAAACAAAGAAAGAAGGCACCGAGCAACUUCUACGUCACGCGGGGCUCGUGUCUCUCUCCCGCGACUGCCGUCUGCCGACUGUCUUUUGUAAAGUGUAUUGCGCAGUGACAUUACGCCGUAGAUCGGAAAUAUUUUGCAUGGUAACUCCUUGUUGACAGCUUCACAGAUGAAUCAGGGUUUCGAGUCAUGUUAAAUAUCACUUCCAUGCUCCUUUAAUGCAAAUCGGGGUGUAAAAACGGGUUUUACCCUAAAACACCUACUUAAGGCCCUCCUACUGAAGACCAGUCCACUCAGUAUUGCCCUUAGGUGGCCACACAGUUGUUAUGUUUGAUUGUUUUGCAUGAGCGUUUUGUGCCACAGAGGAAACAGCAGGUCUUGUGUCUCAUACAAAUUACAGUAAAACGCGGUACAAGUGGCAGGAGCUGUAUAUCGCAUAAUUUGCGCACUUUUUAUCCCCCCCCAAAAAGUCGGAAAAGUCAGGGGUGCGAAAAUUGUGCAGGAACGUUCGUAACAAUGUUCGAACGGCGCAAAAUUCCAAAAUUUUUGUUUGCUGGUCAAAUAGGUCCGCGGUAGAGCCGGUAUUGACGUUAUCACUGUAUCGCGCAAGCAAGUACAAUAUUCACCUAACCGCCGACCGGCGACGGUCGGGAGGCACGGCUCCCUACCGCUCGACCUACCGGUGUAAUAAGGCGACACGCUGCAACUGCUGCUUGAAGACUCCUCUAUAGCAAUGCCGCUAGUCACACUGACAACCGAAAGCACGCUAUGUUCUUCAGCUUUGUCGUGUUGUGCUGUAAGUCCAUAGCGAAGUUGUCUAGCGUUUCUUUUCGCGUUUAUUUUGUAGUUGAAGUGACAGUAUCGUCUAUCACAUCAGUGGACCGUCACCCGCACGUGGGCGCAAAUCAAACAAAAGCGCCGCAGUAACUUCAGUAGCACUAAAAGGCGUUGCGAAAACCGCGUGCUAAGCGAAAAAACGAUCGCUGCGGUCGCUAAAUGGCCGGGGAAAGAUAUCCGCGCGCGAAAACGUGGUUGUGCAAAUUACGCGAGUUUUUUUAUUUAGUUUGCAAAUUAUGCGAUGGCGCAAAAUAUGUGAGUGAAUACGGUAUAUCACGUGCGUUCGUGUUUAUUGUCAGGCUUGCUGCUCAUUGGACUUUCUAGUCACUAUAUAUAUAUAUAUAUAUAUAUAUAUAUAUAUAUAUAUAUAUCCAAGUUGUGGUGCCCUACAUUUGUCAGCCAUUGUUCACUUUUGUUGCACAUGUUGCGAGACUUGUUGUCACUUGGAAGUUGGGACAUAGAAGCGACUUUGCAUUCCUAUACCGCGUUACCUGUCUUACGCAUUUCACGCCCUGUCUCAUAAUCGAUAUCUGAUCAGUUUCUCUGUAUUAACUGUUACAUUGUAUUUUGUUUUGUGCAUUUUGCAUGUUCAACUGACCACUAAUACAUACUGGGUUGUAUAACAUUGUAUAACAUUCGUGCGGAACAGCUGCCACACUUGUCGUUGUACACUCCCAGAAGCAAGUGCCUUGAAGUUAUACGUUUUGUAACCACUGCUAAAGAGUUAUUAAAGUGAAGCCCAAGUUGCCUAUAA